ACUCUUUCGUACCGCGGAACUUUCCCUCCACCCACAAAAUCUCUCUCUCUCUCUCUCUCUCUCUCUCUCUCUCUCUCUCAGGUGUCGCCAAUCGCUUCCGAGUGAUAGCUUUAGCGACAAUGGAGCAGCAGAGGAACCCAAAGGCUGUUCAACAACAAGAAGAGGAAGAGAUUCAUCAUGGCCCUUUGCCCGUAGAACAGCUUCAGGCAUCGGGUAUAGCUUCCAUCGAUGUAAAGAAGCUUAAGGAUGCCGGUCUUUGCACUGUUGAAGCUGUUGCUUAUACUCCGAGGAAGGAUCUGUUGCAGAUAAAGGGGAUUAGUGAUGCCAAAGUUGACAAGAUUAUAGAAGCAGCUUCCAAACUGGUUCCUGUGGGUUUCACCAGUGCUAGCCAACUCCACGCCCAACGGCUCGAGAUAGUUCAGAUUUCUACUGGAUCACGGGAACUAGACAAAAUUCUGGAAGGAGGAAUUGAAACCGGAUCUAUUACUGAGAUAUAUGGUGAAUUCCGCUGUGGGAAGACUCAGUUGUGCCAUACACUAUGCGUCACUUGCCAACUUCCGCUGGAUCAAGGAGGUGGGGAGGGAAAGGCGAUGUACAUCGACGCAGAGGGAACGUUCAGACCCCAGAGGCUCUUACAGAUUGCCGACAGGUUUGGACUAAAUGGGCCUGACGUGUUGGAAAAUGUUGCCUAUGCAAGGGCCUAUAACACAGAUCACCAGUCAAGGCUUUUGCUUGAAGCAGCAUCGAUGAUGGUUGAAACAAGGUUUGCUCUUAUGAUAGUGGACAGUGCUACUGCGCUCUAUAGAACUGAUUUCUCUGGAAGAGGGGAGCUUUCUGCCCGGCAAAUGCACCUCGCAAAGUUUUUGAGGAGUCUGCAGAAGUUAGCAGAUGAGUUUGGUGUGGCUGUUGUAAUAACGAACCAAGUAGUAGCACAAGUAGACGGUUCUGCCCUUUUUGCUGGCCCUCAGAUUAAGCCGAUUGGUGGGAAUAUCAUGGCCCAUGCCUCUACAACAAGGCUGGCUUUGAGGAAAGGAAGAGCAGAGGAGAGGAUCUGCAAAGUGAUAAGUUCUCCAUGCUUGGCUGAAGCUGAAGCACGGUUUCAGAUAUCCGGGGAAGGUGUCACAGAUUGCAAGGAUUGAUCUUUUCACCGCCUCUCCUCUUCUUUUCCUUUCUGUAUCCUUGUUUUCUCCGUAAUCUUUUGUCUCAGUUGUAACAAAAUCUUGAUUUUUCAGCAUGAAAUCUCAAGAAUUUUUCCACCUUA